AUGAGGGGGGCCCGGGGCCGGAGGGUCCCCUGGGUGUUCCUGAGCUGCUUGUGUUCCUGCCUCCUCUGGCCCGUGGUCCCAGGCGUUUCCCUCUUCCCUUACGGGCCAAGUGUUGGAGACAGGGAGUUUGUCGAGAGGACCACGGACUUCACCUCACCACUCUUCAGGCCCCAGAUUGGCUUCCUUCUUGGCUCCUCUCUCCGGGAUUACCUCUAUUUCACAGAUAAUGGCCAGAUCAUUUUCCCGGAGUCAGAGUACCAGAUUUUCUCCUACCCCAAUCCUCCCCUUAGAGGCUUCACAGGCAGGGACCCUGUGGCCAUGGUGGCUCCAUUCUGGGACGAUGCUGAUUUUUCCAGUGGCCAGGGAACCAUAUUUUACCAGGAAUAUGACAUGCUCUAUCAUGAACACAACCUGCUAGUCCGGCAGGUGGAGUCUUGGAUUAAUAAAUUCACUGACACCAGGAACUACAAAGCCAAGUGGACCCUAAAGGUCACCUGGGUGAAUGCCCCUGCCUAUCCUGCCAGGCGGACCUUCGGGACCAGCACCUACCAGGCCAUCCUCUCCACAGACGGCAGCAGGUCCUAUGCCCUGUUUCUUUAUCAGAGCGGUGGCAUGCAGUGGGAUGUGACCCAGCGCCCAGGCAACCCGGUGCUCAUGGGCUUCUCCAGCGGAGACGGGCUCUGCGGCCACAGCGCGCUGUCCUCCGGGCCCAUGUGGAAGAGGUACCAGCCUGACCGGCUCCUGAACACCCACACAGGCCUCCGGGGCCUGCAGCUCUACAGCCUGCACCAGGAAGAAAGGCCCAACUACCGUCUCAAGUGCCUGCAGUGGCUGAAGACACAGCCUCAGUGGCCCAUGUGGGGUUGGAACCAGGUCUCCUGCCCUUGCUCCUGGCAGCAGGGACUGUGGGACUUGCGGUUCCAGCCUAGCAGCAUAGGCUGGUGGGGCCUCGGCAGCAGGCAGCUGUGCAGCUUCUCCUCCUGGCGCGGGGGCGUGUGCUGCAGCUACGGGCCCUGGGGCGAGCUUCUCCAAGGCUGGAGAGUGCACGAUCCUUGGCAGUUUGGACGAGAACUGGAGCCCCAGAACUGGUGCUGCCGCUGGAGCGACCGGCCCGUGCUCUGCGCCCUGUACCGGCAGAGGCGGCCCCGUGUGGGCUGCGCUGGGUACCGGCCCCCGAGGCCCGCCUGGAUGUUUGGGGACCCCCACAUCACCACCUUGGACGGUGCCAAUUACACAUUCAAUGGGCUGGGCGACUUCCAGCUGGUCCGGGCCUGGGACGGAAACUCCUCCUUCCUGCUGCUGGGUCGCACCGCCCAGACCGGCUCUGCCAGGGCCACCAACUUCAUUGCCUUUGCAGCGAGCUAUGAGGCCCGCAGCCUGAGCCCCAUCACGGUCCGAUGGCUCCUCGAGCCCAAUGACACAAUCCGCGUGCAGGUCAACAACCAGACUGUGCCGUUUGGGACUCAGCACGAAGGCCAGGAGACAUUCAACACCACCGGCGUCACGGUGACCCGCGCCGGCUCCGAGGUGUCGGCCGCCUUCGAUGGGGCGGUGGCCGUCUCGGUGAGGGCCCUGUCCAACAUCCUCCACGCCUCGUGUGGCCUCCCCGCGGAGUAUCGGCAGCGCACCGAGGGCCUCCUGGGAGUUUGGAAUGGCAAUCCAGGUGAUGACUUCAGGAUGCCCAAUGGCUCCACCAUUCCCGGCAAUAGCAGCGAGGACUCACUUUUUCACUACGGAAUGACCUGGAAAACCAAUGAUACAGGACUCCUUGGCGAGAGAGGUGACCAUCCGCCUUCCAACUUCACCCCCGAUUUCCUUACCAGCCUGCAGAAAAAUCAAACCUUAAAUGCAACGCUGCUCUCCAAGUGUCAUGAAGAUGAGCGGUGCAUCUAUGACAGCCUGGCCACAGGAAACACAGACACGGGCCUGAACACCAGGAUGCUCUUCGAAAGUCAGCAGCGGAUGAACGCCACCCUCAAUGAGUACCCCCCAUCGAUCGAGGGUCCGCACGUGGUGCAAGCCUACCUGGGGCAGACCACGCUGGUUCAGUACACCAGCCACCCUGAGCACGUCACAUUCACUCUGAGGAACAGCAAUAGUGACUUCAAGCUCUUCGAGAACGGGACACUGCUGUGGACACCAAAGUCCUUGGAACCAUUCACCCUGGAGAUUCUAGCAAGAAACGUUGAAGUCAACUUGUCAUCUGUGCUCCAGCCAAGGACAGUGGUCUGCGCUUGCAGGGACAGGAGCCAGUGUCUAUACAAUCAGACGGGCUGGGUGGGCAAUUCCUCCCUGGAGGUGGCCCACUGCAGGUGUGGCUCCAGCACCUUUGGCCACUACUGCGAGCGCUCCAGGGACCAGUGCGAGGCGCCGUGCUUCGCGGGUGUGGCCUGCGUCCCCGGGAGGGGCUGCGAGGCCUGCCCCCCGAACCUGACGGGCGACGGGCGUCACUGUGCAGCUCUGGCCCCCGGGCUGCACUGUGGGAACCGGUCCUGCCCUGCCAGUUACUGCUACAACCAGGGCCACUGCCACAUGUCCCCUGAGAGGGACUGCCAGCCGGCCUGCACCUGCCACCCCGCCUUCUCAGACAGCCGCUGCCUGGUGGCGGGGAACCCCUUCACUCCGGCUGCCCCUGCAGGGCUUCCCGUGAGGCUCAUCCAGCUCUGGCUCAGUGAAGAAGAAAAUGCCUCCAUGGCUGAUGUCAACGCCUCGGUGGCCUACAGACUGGGGAACCUGAAUGUGCGGGCCUUUCUCCAGAACUCCCAAGUGCUACAGAUCAAUUCCAGUGCAGGGCUGGCCUCGGGAAGUUUACGUAGACACUGGAGAGUCUUCUCGAAGUUCCAGUACCUUCCUCAGGGUCCCGUCAUCGACUUCCUGAACACCAAGCUGCUGGAUGCAGUGGUGGAAGCGUUCUUACCCCAGGCCUCGUGGUGGAGGAAGAACAGAAGUGGGAGACCCAGGACCGACGUGAACUUCCACUCCAUCUCCAGGGAAGACGUGCACAGUGUGCUGGCUCUGAACGUGAGCACGCUGAAGGCUUACUUCAAAUGCAACAGCUACAAGGACUACCGCCUGGUCUACAGCCCCCAGAGCGGCUUCACCUGCGUGUCCCCGUGCAGUGAGGGCUAUUGUAAGCACGGAGGCCAGUGUCAGCACCUGCCCCAAGGGCCCCGCUGCAGCUGUGUGCCUUUCUCCAUCUACACGCCCUGGGGCGAGCGCUGUGAGCACCUGGGCAUGAAGCUCAGUGCCUUCUUCGGAAUCCUCUUUGGAGCCCUGUUCACCCUCCUGCUGCUGGGGGCUGUGGGGUUCGCAGUCCUGUACUUCUGGCGCUUCUGGCGCUACUCCCCCGGGAACCACUACUCCCACCGCCUGGACUCAGAAAGCUGA